GAGAGUCUAGAAUGGGGUUGUCGAAAGUCGUAAUUUCUACUCACUGUCCAGCACUGGUCGAGAAAUAAUUUCGAGUACCCACGAGACCCUCUUCGAUAUGUUGACGUAAACGAGGUUAAUCAGUUGACUUCAACAAUGGCGACGAAAAGAAAAGCCCAUGAGGAAGGAACUUCACCGGCAGGACACAACAAAGUAGUUUGUUACUCUCAGAAGUACCUGGCCAAGUAUGCGGCAAUCCCAGGCAUAGGUCCGUCAGAGAAAGGAGAGCACUUUGCGUAUUGCUCUUAUUGCUCGAUUAAUAUAUCUAUUCGACAUGGCGGGAAGUUCGACGUAGCGAGACAUGUUGCGAGUAAAGCCCAUGUGGCUUCCAAGCAAGUGGCUAGGACGAGCAAUUCCAUAACCACAUUUAUGCCAUCUCGAAGCUUACACGAUGACACGGAAAGGGCUGUAAUAAAAUCCGAAGCUAUGAUGACUGAAUAUUUUGUGCAGAUGAAUCUUCCUCUGUCGUCUGCAGAUGUAUUUAAUCGAAUAGUGAAGACGAUUUCCCUGACUCAAAGAUUGCCAAAAAGUAUGAAUGUGGUCGUAGCAAAAGCACUGCCAUUGUCAAAGAACUGUCGUAUAUGCAAAAGACUGAUAUCGUUGGCCGAAUGAGAUCUGGGCCAUUCUCACUUGCAACAGAUGGAAGUAAUGACCAGCAGGACAAGCAGUUCCCUAUGGUGGUAACAACGUGCAGUGAACAAGGAAUCCACACCGAUUUAUUGGGCGUUCCACUCCUGAACAAAAUGUCGGCUACAGGAGAGAACAUAUUUAAACUGCUUGACUCAGUGUUGAGAAGUAGGAACAUUCCAUGGAGUAACUGCCUUGCCUUUGGCACAGACAAUGCCAAUGUUAUGGUGGGUUGUAGGAAGGGGGUGUACGCCUUCAUCUUGGGACAGGAACCAUCGAUAUACUUAUCAGGAUGUCCAUGCCACCUCUUACAUCAUGCAGCAGAGAAGGCUGCCUCCUGUUUUCCGUUUUCCAUUGACAACAUCUUGGUUGAUACUUACUAUUAUUUGGACAAAUCUAGUAAGCGGCAAACUGAAUUGGAUUCUUUGCAAACACUAUACGAGGUGAAUCAUCGUGAGAUUAUAAAACAUGUUCCAACCCGCUGGCUUUCUAUUGCCGGAUGCUUGGAUCGGAUUCUAGAGAAUUGGGAUGCAUUAAAGGUUUAUUUUGUUACUGAGAAGACAAAUCUUGCUGGACAGUCGACCACCUAUAAACAGGCCAAAGUUAACAACCUUGAAACAUUUUAUAGAUCUCCAACCAAUAGACUCUAUUGUAUCUUCCUGAAGUUUGCCCUCCUGGCUUUUGACAAGCUCAAUACCACCCUGCAGACAGAAAAGCCUUUAAUUCAUAAACUGAGAAGACUGCUAAACAAAUUAAUGAGAGACCUCUUGGUUAGAUUUGUAGUGCCAAAAGCACUGCACGGGAAGCCAAUGACUAAAGUCCAGUUUAAUGAUAUUGCAAACCAUAAGAAAAAUGAUGAUAUCAUCAUAGGGGAAGAAGCAAGAAACUUCCUAGCUAAUGCUGAAACUAACAGGCUAAGGGGAAGCAGAGUAGAGGAAUUUUUUGAGAAUGCCAAACAGUUCUACAUUAAGGCUUGUGACUACAUCUGUAAGAAACUACCAUUAAAUGAUGAGCUGCUCAAAAAGGCUGAGGUAGCUGAUGUAGAGCUUAGGGUGCACAACUGCAGUGGUGAUCUACAGUACUUCUUGGACAGAUUCCCCAGUUUGAUGCCACCUGAUACAACCAAGGACCAGGUCAAUUCCAGGCUGAAGACUUCUCUGAACACUGUGGCAUUGUUGGUCGGGAUGACGAUGAGGCCUGGGUAGCCAUAUCACCCUUGAAGGAUGCAGCUGGAGUGGCACUCUUCCCAAACCUGCACCGGGUUAUGUUGGCAAUUCUGUCCAUACCGCACAGCAAUGCCCAAUAUGAGCGUAUUUUUUCCUGCGUCAGGAAAAACAAGACUGACCAGAGAAUAUCGAUGGGGGCUGAUACAUUAGAAGCACUAAUGGUGUUGAAAUCGAAGAGAACACAGGUCCAAGAAAGACAGUAUUCAGAUGAACAGCUUAAACAACUAAAAUCUGCAUACUAUGAACAGUUAAAACCCUGUACUUCAUCUACUGUUACUAAAUGAAAGCCAUUUAAAGGAGGACUUCUCACAUGUUGAAUGCUAAAGCAAUGUCUUUAUUUCAAAGUCUGUCUUCAUUUAACCUUUUUUUUCUGAAAACGGAUUGCACACGUUGUUACGGCAUCUGUUCCAUACAUUCUCUCAAUUCUGAUGAUGUGUUGGAUUCAGAGAUUUCUGUGCGUAAUGUGUUGGAAUAAAUUGU